AUGUAAAGGGAUUUAUUUAAUUUAAAUAAUGUUUACAAAUUAAGUGUGAGCUAGUCAAAUGCAGUAAAGUUAUCUAAAGUAAACAAUAUAAUCAAUUUCAAGCAACUAAUUAAUAUGUAGAGUGAUAAAGGAGAUAUUUUAAGUCACGAUGAUGAUCAAGCACCAAUUUUAAUUAUAAGCAAUAUUUUCAAAAGUAAAAACUUAAUUUAAUAUCAGAUCAUUCAUUAUUGAAUUACAAAUCAUUUAAUAUUUAAUGAUAAAAUUAAAUCAGAAACUCCUCUUCUAUCUAAAAUUGUGAAAAAUUAUAUAGCAGGAAAAUUUAUUAAUAAAACAUUAAGAAAUUAAUUACCUAUGUUAGACUCAAGUGAAUUUAUGGAUAAAUAAUUAGUAGGCAUCAAGAAUUUAAUUAUAUCAAUCAUUACUUAAUUUAAGCGUUCCGCGAUUUUCAAAAUGCAAUGCUAUUAAAAGAAUUUAUAUUUAUGAGGCUGUAUAAUCUUAUAAUUUUAAUAUCUUAGGAAUUGCUUUACUUUAAGCUAAAGGAUCGAAUAUUAUUCUAUUUAGACAUUCUCAAAAAGACAAAGAUGAAGAGAAAUGAGAAAAGUAUGUUUUUGGACUCCUUUUUAAUGGAAAGUUUCUCCAGAUAUUUCAGGAAAUAAAGGAUCUUUUAAAUUUUAUAUACACCCUAAAUUCAAAAUCUUUUCAACAAAUGGUCAAUAAUAAAGUAAAUUGGCUUUAAUAAUACCUAUCAUAACAAAAAGAUAAAGUUAAACUCAAUUCACCUCUUAAAUAGGGUCCAAAAUAAUCUAGCUUAGGUAUAGGAGGUAGCAGUUAUGAACAUCAUAGAAUUUGGAUAGAUGGAAAAUAAUUCUAAGCAAGUAGACUUGUUGAAGAAGAUAAAACGUUUUAAAGUGGGUCCAUAUGAUAUUCGAAUUAUUUAAUGUUUAAUAAUACAAGAUGAAAUUCAUCUAUUAAAUGUAAUUCUAUUAAAAUUAAAUUAAUUUAGAUUGAUUUAAUUGAAGUAUGGAAUCUAAAAUUUAGUAAUCUAGUAUAAGGAACUUCUUAUUUUAAAACUACUUAUCAAAUACAUUUUGGUUAAGAUGAAUAGAGUAUUAACUAAAAUCAAUUAAGAGUUUUAAUAAUCACCUUAAAUUAAUAAUAAGGCAGGAAUGACUAUAUAUCAUUUAAAUUUAUAGCUUUUAGAGGCAAAAUGAUAUAUUUAUAUUCUUUACUUUUAAUUCUUGUUUUUGAGAUUAGCAGUUUUUAGUUUAUUUUCGGCAAUUACUCUUGA